AUGAACUACCUGAAGUCAUGGUUCAUCAUCGACCUGUUGAGCUGCCUACCGUACGACGUGUUCAACGCGUUCGACCACGACGAGGACGGCAUAGGUAGCCUGUUCUCAGCGCUGAAGGUGGUCAGGUUGCUUCGCCUUGGCCGAGUGGUUCGAAAACUAGACCGGUAUCUGGAGUAUGGAGCCGCGAUGCUCAUUCUACUGCUCUGUUUCUACAUGUUGGUUGCUCACUGGCUGGCCUGUGUCUGGUACGUCACUUUAAGGUGAUUUUACCCUGCCCACACACAAAAAGGUAACACGGCUGCGGCAGGAUUGACGGUUCAAAUCAAACCUAGACGUCAUCUUCUGUUCUUUUUCUCUUCCCUCCCCCCCGCCCCGCCCCCUGAUCUUUCAGUCUAACAUUUGCAUCACGUGCAACUUUUAGAGACACACGUACACAGACACACACGUACUCAUGCACACAGGAUAUGCCGUGCCGCUUUUUACAGAACAGCAUAGCACUCUUGUUCCAAUGGGGAUUGUGAUAACAUUUUACACAAUUUGGUGUAAACAACUUUGCUUGUUUUUUUUUUUUUUUUUUUAAAUAUCCCCAAUGUGGAACCAGUUUGCUGUGGCUUUUAGAAUAGACGAGAGCUCAUUCGAGUCAUUCUGAACGUUCACGUUGGAAGAAUAACAAUUUCUCUGGCAUUUCUGAUGUCCUUUUCAUUUUCUUUACCCCAUUAUGGUAAGUAAUUUUAAGACGUGUUCGAAAAUUGUACCCAAGACCUCCGGUGUCCAGAAUGUAUCUGUGCAUUAAUUUCUGCAGAUGUUUCUGUACCAAGAGCUAGAGAUUCAAAGAUAGCUGAAACGUUCAGGAUGACCCGAUAUCUGCGUUGUCCAGAAUAUUGA